UGGGGAGAUCUGAGAGUACGAGCCUUCGACUUUGCAGCCGUCACAACUCAAUCUAGUUCCUUAGAAACUGUGGAGUCAGGCGUAUUUCGUAAUAAUUAUUUUCAAUAAUUUUAUAAACAGUUAUGAUUAAAAGGAAAACAAUUAAGUUUUAACAUUUUUUUAAUUAAAAGAAUUUAGUCUUUGACUAAUAUUUGUAAUUAUAUCUUUAAGAGUGCAUUAAAUACAGAGUGAAAAAAGACACUAUUUGAUUGUGUAAACCAUGUGAUUUUGAAUACGAAAGUAAUUUUGAAAAACAAAAGAAUGUAUCCCCGGACGAAAUGGAUACACACACUCGUUUUCCUGGCGUCAAUAGUGACAAUCAACGCUACAAAUGUGACAACUACAUCUAUACGUUGUGAAGAAGCAAGACUUAAAUGUGCAUAUAGAAAAGGAUGCGGUGGAGCUCUUGAGCAGUAUUUAACGAGUUGUGCUGGCGUAUUUCAAGGAGACAGUGCUCGUUGUCCUGAAACAUGUCAAUAUGCGCUUAUCGCUCUUACAAGCACAGACGAAGGAAAAGAACUUAUGACAUGUGAAUGUGCCAAAGAUGACAUUAUGUGUAUAAGAACUAAGCAAAGAGUUGAAAUUUGUCGAUCCCCUGUCAGCAUAGUGAUGAAUAAAACGAGGCUUUCAUGUCGAAUAGCAACAAGCAUUUGCAAUGCUGAUCCACUUUGUUCUACAGCUCUUUAUUAUUAUAAUGAAUUGUGCAAGGCCAUGUUUCACGGAAAAAAAUGCACUCAUCGUUGCCGUAACUCCAUCGGUAUUUUACAACGUCAAGAGAAGGCGGCAAAAUUAAAUACAUGUAUAUGUGAUGGCUCAGAGGAUUAUGAUUGUCAAAGUAUUCAUCGUAACAUGAACUUUCUUUGUUUUGGACGAGUUCAUCAUGAAUAUCAUGAAAUUAAAAAGACUAUUCUUGAUUCAAAAAAUAAUGAAAAAUCUGAAAAUGUUGACGCCAGUGGGAGUAGUAUUUAUUUCUUGAGCAGAACGAAUUUUAUUUUACCCUUAACUGUUUUGUUUGUAUUAAAAGGAAAAGAAUCGGAGAAAAAUAGGAAAGAAAGAAAAAGCGGGAUUGAGAGAGACUGAUAUAACGGGAAGGCAAAGGAAACGAGCUUGAGGAAGAAAGAGAAAACUUAGUGUUGGCCACACACGUAGCGAACGAAGACGAGACUUCAUGGGUGUGAGCAAGAUAGUAGUCUAAGUAAGGAUACCAAUUGUAGGUCUGGAGUUACGAAAGUGAGAUAGAAAGAUCAAAUGAAGAGAAACGAAGUAAGGAAAGACCCGCAGGCUCUAUCCUGAGGACCACCCACUUAGGCUUGGAGACUCUAGCACGACACAUCGUCUCAUUGAAGUUACAUCGUCAACUUGAAACUGACGUUUAGUUGUUGGUUAUAUUAAACUUAAAAUUUUUUGUUAAUUACAAAACUAUAACAAUAAUAAUGAUAAUAACUAUUAACAUCAACUCCGACUACUUU